AUGAAGCGCAACCUUGUGGAAAUCUGUGAUACGCUCCGGAAGAAGGGCAAGCAGGUGUGCUUGGCCACUGUGGCGAGCCCCGACCCGACUGCCGCCGAGACAGACAGCGCCAGCUCGACGCUCAACACCGCACUGGAGCACUUCUGCACGAGCACGUCGACGGAAGACGCUCCGGUCAUUCUCGGUCCCCGUCUCGACACGUAUGCCUUCCGUCGCGAGAGUGCGCUUUGGAUCGACAAGUACCGCUUCAAUUCGCAGUCAUACCGACAGCUAGCUCGCAACACCGCGGACUUUUUGAUCCCCAUGAUGACGGCUGUGGAGUGGACUACUUGGAAAGAGCAGCUCGGCCGCGUCACCUACGACAAGGCCUUGUACGACUAA